AUGCUGCGUUCGUGCUGUUCUGCCCUGGGCUUGCUGCUUGGCCUGCUGAGUGCACAUCCCGCUUCGGCAGUGCGAGCGAUUGUUCAGGUGAAGCAGUGCGGGUAUAAAAGCCUUCUCGAAGCCAAAGUCACUGAAGUGAAGGGCGGGGUGAAGGUGAAGGUUUGUGGGGAGGAAGUGGCUCUUCAAAAAGAACAGACGCAGACAGAUGCAUGGAGGUUUUUGAACUGGUGGGAUCCGGCGCAGAAGGGGGAGAAACUGUCGGAUGAAGACCUCAAGACCCUCGACGAUUAUCUCGGCGACUAUCAGUUUUCUCGCCCCAUGGGCCAAAUCGGUCAUGGAAUGCUGCCGCCGAACUUCGAGGGCUUUCACAUCUUUCAGGGUACCACAUCUGCAAUGGUGCAGGGUAUCUUCAAGUUCGAGGUGUCCUUGGGCAACGCUUUGAACCGCCUCCCUAGCAUGGGCACAGCCCAGCUGUACCGAGGAGGCUGGACGUCUUCAGAGCAGCUUAAGGAAAUGCAAGCAGCCUUGGCUGCUGGUUCUGCCAUCAGCUUCCCAUGGUUCCAGUCAACGACCACCGACGACAGCCACGCCUACAAGUUCAUGGGCAGGAAAAGUGAACCGGCCACGUGCGCCAACGAUUGCAUUGGGAAAGGAGAGGCUUUCCCCACAUAUUUGACAUUUGAGACCUGUUAUGGGAAAAACGUCACCGAGUGGAAUGCCGCCGAAAUGGAAUGGCUGUUGCUUCCAGGCCUCCGCUUUAAGCUUGCCAGCAUCACCAAGGUCAUAAAUGAUCCAUGGCAGGAGGCCACGCCCAAAGACAUGGCAGAAUGGCUGGGGCAGUCACACACAAUGCCCACGAAGGACUGGAGCCGAGAAGGGAAGAUGACCUAUGGGCCUUGGCCUGAUAUCGCUGAUGCAGUUCUGGCCCAUUCCAUCGAUGGCCCAGCCUUCAUCAAGUGGUUUAAGAACAGAUCAUUUCCGGAGCCGUAUGUGAAGGGCAAAUGGGAUGAGUCAGAAUACCUUUACUCGGACAAACACAUGGAAUUUCAAUAUGCUGCCUACACGCGUUACAAGCUUCCAAGGAUUUCUACAAGGAUAGGCGCGGGCCCCAACACUGUGGAAUACUACUACCGCAUCAAUCUUCAGGACGCAGAGCCAUGCUAA